AUGCCUAUUAACGAACAAAUUCGAACAAUAUUUGUAAAAAAAUCAUGUUUAACACAAUCAUCUUCUUCGUCAUCUGUGCAUCCAAUUGGAAAUAAACAGCAUUCAUAUUCAUGUUCUUAUUGUUCAAAAUUAUUUUCUUCACCAAGUCAUUUAUCUCGACAUACUCUUAUACAUACAGGUGAAAAACCUUGUCUUUGUUCGGAAUGUGGUCAACAAUUUAGUCAAAUAUCAUCAUUAGAACGUCAUCAACGUACAAAACAUGAAAAAAAUAAAAAAUUUCAUUCAUUAAAUAAUCAUUUAUAUCAAUGUAAACUUUGCCAUGAAUAUUUUUCAUUAAAACAUAAUUUAAAAAUGCAUGAAAAAAAACUACAUCAAAUACAAACAAAUUUCUUCUGUAAUAUAUGUUCAGCUUAUUUUACUUGUAAUUCAUCAUUACAAAAACAUCGAAAUUUUCGUCAUCGAUCAUUAAUUAAAAAUCAAUCAAAAAAUGAUAAAAUUGAACAAGCAAAUAUAUCUAAUGAUAUGUCAGAUAAUUGGACAUUAACACAAAAUAAUCAAGUAAGUCUAAAUAGAAUGAGUGUUGAGUCUAUAAAUUUUAGCUCCGACGAGCUCUAGAGCUCAGCAACAUUAUAAUCGAAACUGGUCACCUUUGUCCUUUGUUUCAUACGGAAACAAACUAUCCUCCAACAGCGGGGUAACCAGAAAUUUUUUAUCCAACAAAGUACUGAUAACGUAAACAAAACGUUAAAAAAAUGAAAUGAGAUUCUUUUAAUUGAAUAUACAUCAAACUGAGAUAUUAAGCCUGAGUCAGAUGUGUUUUAGUCUAUUUUUAAUGUCUCUGUUUAUAACGUUUAUAUUUGAAAAUCCAACACUAAAAUCCCAACGAACUAGGUCAUUUCAUAUUUUGGUUCUUUUCCUUUAUGCUGUCACAUAUACAUCAUUGGAUUUUUCCUUUCUCUUGUAUAUGCCAUAUAUGUGUUCUCUUCUCUUUGAUCUAUCCUUCUUUACUUUUACGUGGUAAGCGUGUUCUCAAUAAAAUCGAACUCACGUUCACCUAAACUUACAGUUAAGAUAGAAGAAACAAUUCUGC